CUUCACUGUGUCAGGCAUCCUCGGUCGCGUUGUUUCGCAGUGAACAGAGCGAAAACCGCACUCCACGAGUCAGGAUUCCCCACUUGAAGUAGGCUGAGAAUCCAUGCCGAGCGUCGCUCGCCUCCAAACUGUGGGCAUUCCCUUGUCCCCCCUGAAGCGCAGACAUCGUCCCCGGUUGAAACGUCAUUAAUUUUUCAAGCGUAAAUGUUGAGCCUGUACCUGCUGGGUGAUGAAUGCAAGCAAGCGUGCAUUGUACACGGAUGCUCUCCUUCAACCUCGUCUGUGCUGCUACCGCAUGUUCGCAGCUGGGUUGGAUUUUUUUUUUCUUCAGCAAUAUUCUACCAGUUCCAAGCGUCAGGGUGCACCGCCAUGCUGUGAGCACAUCACCCCACUGGAUGUACUGUUGGUAGCACUUAAGCCACUCGUAUGAGGUGCUGUUGAUACAUUCGUGAGCUUAGUCGAUCACCGCGGCGUAUAGGGUGAUUACUCGUUGAAAUACCACUUCAAGCUGCACGGGGACACCCAAGAUCGAAGCGAGGUCUCGCCCUGGCUCCCCAUCUAGCGAAUGCCACCAGUUGGCCAAUGGAACCAUACGGCUCCACUAUGACAGUAGAACAGGCCAAGCGAGCUAUCAGAGACCACGUGAGCAGAUCCAACGCAAGACAUGGAGGCGGCAGCACGGGUAUUCCACUGGAAACCAUCGCCAUCCCAGUGUCGCUGACCACACUCAUCCUCGUCAUCGCCUUCGUCGCGGUGGUCUGCGCGCGCAGGUUCAAGAACCGAGUUGCGCAGACAGAGACCUACACCAUCCAGCGGAAAGUGUGCUACGAGGCCGACUCGGACUCGGAGAACGAGAGCGGGAUGAGCUACGGUAAGGACGGUGCAGGGAGUCCCGGGGCGCCGAGUAGCCCCAACGCCUCCCCGCUCAAAGUGCUGCCCCGCCAGGCCACGGUGCCGUUGCUGCCGCAGAGAGUCCGCCAGGAAGCCUUCAAGCGACAGCGACAGCUCUCUCUGCAGCUUAACCUCGCCAACAUUGAGUUUUCCGUCAAGAACGUCCACCGGAAGGAGCAGCCCAAGCUCGGCACGCUGCGGCCCGAGUUGUACCGCGACAGCUCCCAGGAUCGAGGGGGCAAGGACUCGGACAAGUGCGGUAAACUGUACUUCUCGCUGCAGUACGACCAUCCGACGGAGUCGCUUCACGUCCACGUCGACCGGGCUACCGGUUUGCCUGCGAAAGACUUUUCUGGAACUUCCGAUCCUUAUGUAAAAAUCCACCUCUAUCCUGCGGAUCGAAAGAAGAAGUACCAGACCAAGGUGCAUCGGAAGAACUGCGACCCUUACUUUGACGAGAAGUUCACCUUUACAGUGCCGUUCAACGAUCUACCGGAAAAGACGUUGAAAUUUACCGUGUACGAUUUCGAUCGGUUCUCCCGGCACGAUCUGAUCGGGGAAGUGACAAUUACGAACUUGUUGGGUCAUGACCGCGACCUCGUCAAGGGCGAACGCUUUGAGGAAGACGUCAUCAAAUGCUCGGCACAGGAGAAAGCAGACCUUGGAGACGUGAUGUUCUCGCUUUGUUACCUACCGACCGCCUGUCGGCUAACACUUAACGUUAUCAAGGCGCGGAACCUGAAGGCAAUGGACAUCACCGGAGCGUCAGAUCCGUACGUGAAGGUGUCAAUGGUGUGCCACGGCAAACGGGUCAAAAAGAAGAAGACGACGGUGAAGAAGAACACGCUCAACCCGGUCUACAACGAGGCCAUGGUCUUCGAUGUCAUGCCAGAAAGCAUGGACAGCAUCCUCUUUGUGGUUGCCGUCGUGGAUUACGAUUGGGUGGGCCACAGCGAGCUCAUAGGCGUGUGCGAGGUCGGUCCUCAGUGCUUCGGGCAGGGCAAGGACCACUGGGAGGAGAUGCUGGCGGCGCCCCGCAAGCAGAUCGCCCACUGGUACCAGCUCCAAGAGUCCUCGCCUUCCCUCAGCACCGCGUCGGUGACGUCCUCCAUGAAAGGGUGCAUGACACCCCAGCAGUCCGUCGAGUGAGGAAGGAAGCUAGAGUCCAGUCGGGGGGUGGGGAGUUCCCUAACCCCCUGUGUGCCGUUACAAGGUCCAUCCAUGUAAGGCGGGCACCAUGUGAGGAAACGGCAUCGGUGUCGACUUUAGGUAGUGCUUCUCUCCAGUGGGAUGGCAUUGGCUUUUAGUACUGGAGGAAAACAAGUUGAGUAGUUUCGUGCUUUCACGAAUGAGAAUGCCCAGUGCUCUUCCAGAAGUCCGAACGCGUCAGCUGUAUAGGAUUGAUGAUCGGAGUACGGUCCAUAGGGACAUCACGAUGCGAGUUUUAUAACGCACUGCACCUUUACAGUGGUUUUUUGCACUUGUCAGAUUGGUGUCUACUUCAUUAACGUCGUGUGUUCAUUUCUUGCCUUUUAUAAGCGCACGUGAGAAAUGUGCGAGCGCUUCAGUUUCACAUUAUAACAGUGCCGUUGGGCUGUAUAUAACGUUACCAUAGAAAUAUAAAACCAGGAAUAAUUUUUGUGUCGCCAAAGUGUCGAGUGUAACUAGAGCCAAGCCACAGCCGUGUCUUAUAAGUUGAUUUUUUUUAUCGGCAAAGUUGCCUUGUGUCCUAUGCUUCAAAUCACUUAUUCUAACACGAAAUUGCCACUGUGCAAGGUUCCCCAGCAAGAUCUUCUCAGAGUUCUCCGACUGAAGAUGGACAAGAGGAUAAGACUGAGGGUCCAAUCAAUUAAAAGUAGUUAUCUGAUAAUGUACCUCUACCAUUGACCAAAUCUCGGCUGUGAAAAUAAAUUCAACCCAGGGAACUUGUAAGAUAUCCCUGUGUGUUUUUUUCAAGUCUUGUUUUAUCCUUAAGUCAAAGUAGAGUUUGGCGCACAGCCAAAUUUGGAGUAGGCCCUAAUUGUAUUUUUGCACAAGGUUCGGAUGGCUGUGUACACAUUGUGAUGGUGCUAUGUCAAUUGUGAAUAGUGGUUACUAUGACAAUUCUAAAUCAACCAGGUCACAGCGGGGAAAAACUUUUAAAUGGAAAUGCCUUGGUUUGUGUAAAAUAAGCUGGUGAACAGAGAUUGAGCACUUCAUUUUCUCUGUUACAGUCGAGCAAUUCACGAGUGAGUGACCGGUCAAAGACUUAUGUAUUAAGCAUCCAGACUCUAAUCUGCAUAACCUUUUUUAUCUAGAAGCCUUUAUGCAUAAUUAAUUCCAUCCGCCGUGAAAUGCAUUAAUAAUCAGUGAACCGGGUGGUUAGUAUAAGAGACUUCCCAACUUCAGGACUAAGAAAAAAUAAUUCAUUCGAGGAAGCUUGCAAAAUCUAAGAAGCUUUUUCUUCUGCUCAUUCCAAAGAAAUUAUUUAUGUUUCGGUUACAUCUCGGGUAACUGUGGAACCAACGUGAGCAACUCAUUGCAUUUUCUACAUACUGCAUACCAGAAUUGCCACAGAAGAUGUAGCCUACCAUAAUUAUGCAAGCUAAUUAGUUCUUGAAAUCCAAAAUUGAAAUUUUUAGAUGAAACACUCAGAGACCAGAUAAAUUUAGUGUUGUUAUUUUGUAAUUCUUACACCAGUAAGAUACGCAUGUGUACAUCUGUACACAGAAAUCGUGUAAUUGGUACAAACGGUGAAAAUAUUUAUAUUCAACACAAGGAUUGUAAUUGUUUCGUCUGAUAUUCCAACAGGUUUGAGAAAUAUUGCUGGAGGUGAUAUUAACGAGUGACUUGGGUAAAAUGUAGGAAUGUGAUUCCGGCACGCAACUCGCCAGUAAUUGACCUCAAACUUCAACAACAUUAUUGUAUGCGAAACCCUUAAUGAAAAGGAGAGUUUUAAUCACAGUUCGUAAGCAGGUCAGGAAUGUUAGGGUUUCUCCUCAUAUUGUAAAAAGACUCAUUUCUCUUGGAACCACGACGUGUUUUCGUGACUUUCCGAUAAACCAGGUCAUGGACUAAAUAUUCACGUGGACGAAGUCAUUGUAGGCUGAAACAUUAGAGAAGGAAUAAGUCAGUUACCGCUAAUUCACGUCAUUUACCGAAAUAAUGAUGGCCGAGAGAUGUAAGCCAUCAGCGUAAUGGGAUCGCAGAUGUUCCCGAGUGCCGUAAAUGGUUUUUCGUUCCGCUAAUGUAGGCAGAAAGCCUUUGAUACCAUCAGCCUUUCCAAGGUUGAUGACGUUAUCUUCGCGAUUUUGUUUUUAAACACCAACAAUCAAUUUUUAUUUAUCUUCGUUUGCACCACACCAGCGAUAUAUACAAACUCAGUCGAGAUCUGGGAUAGAUCGUGGGUAACUAUUUUCAUCAUCCCUGAAAACCCUAACGCAAAUGUAAAUAGUAAUAUUGAAAGGCCGUUUCUGCGUUGUUUCUUAAAAGAAUAACCCACCUUUAAAGUUAUAGUCUCCUUCGAGACCAGGUUGAAUGUAAAAAGUCAAACGCUAAAUAUUAUAUCAAAAAAUGUAAAUAACACCUUAUCUGUCCAUAGACGUUGUACUGUAUAAAUUGUAUAAGCUACUGCAUUAAAGUAGCCCGAUUUUUUUAAUUUACCAUAAAAGAAAUGAUAUAAUCUGUAAUUAAUGUGCAUUGAAUAAUACACGUUUAUACCACGAUAUUUGUACAAUGUAAUCAAGCCAUUGUGUUAAUUUCACAAGAUUGACUGUUGUCAUUGAAUGUGUAAUAUUAAAGCAGAAGUCAUUUUACCCGUUGCUUUUAAGGAUUGUGUUCCCAUGAAAUAAUCAGCAUGAGGCUUAGAAAAAGGUAAAGUCGAGGCAUUUUAUGCGCCGCCUUGGCUUGAAACCGUGUUAAGACAGUAAACACCACUGGCUGCAUGCACUGAAUUGCUUAAAAAAUCUGAGCCAAUACGUAACACUUUGAUACAGGUUAUCCAUUCGCAAACUAGGUUUUUUUGUAGUGUAAUUUCUAUCUUGCCGUUGACAUUAAUUUUGUGACAGUUACGCACACGAAGUUGAGCCAUACUGCCGAGUGUGCAACAAGCAAAUAAUUUUAUAGUUAAAUUUCAUCAUAGAAUGUUUCUUUGCACCCAGUUGCACUCUAUGACGAUAUCUAGGCGACAGGAACAUUUCCUCGUUUGGUUUGCAGUAAAGAAAACCCGGGAAUGAAAAGUAAAAGCGGGUAAAAAAACAGAAACUCUGAAGUUCAUUUUUUUCCCAGUUUUUAAAACAAGUGGUAUUAGUAUUUUUUUUUUUAAAAAAACGAAGGUUGCCGUUGGUGUAUAUUGGCUUUAAUGGUAUUGCUUAAUAUUUGGCGUGUGUGAAAUAGAGGAGGACAGUUUAAAUGUUUUCAAACAUAAGAUAAGGGAUCCAUAUCAACAAUAAAGCUGUGCAUGAAUUAUUGAAUGAUUAUAUUAAAUACUAUAAGUUGAAUAAGACCACUGAUGUAAUAUUUUCUAUCAAAAACACUCGAUGUGAAAACAAGAAUGUGACAAUAAAUUGCUAAUAUAAUGUA